GGCUUGGGAGGGUGUCGGGGAGGGUGUCGGCCCUGCCCAGCGCUACCUGCUCGAGCUGCACGACAAGCAGCUGGAUGAGGAGUUGUUCCCUGGGCAGCUGCCGCCGGAGCCGCGUCGCAGGCGCAAGGGUGGCGGGCGCAAGGGGGGCGGGCGUACGGGGGGCCACCGCCGGAAGCAAUCUAAGCACUGGCAGCCGCGAGCCAGGACAGCGCGGCGGCGGCGCCAGAAGCGGGGCCGAUUCCAUAUGAGCAUGGGCCACUGGCGGCACAUGUCAGGCCUGGAACGACUCCAGCCAAACCGCCCACAGCUUGCGCCAGCCCUGCAGGCGUACAUCGGCGGCAUCCCCACGGCGGCGACCGCGUCGGCGGCCCGGUUUGAAGAGCGCCUGCGCUACCUCUUCGCCAGUGGGGCGGCGGGGCAGGCGGCGGGGCAGGCGGUGGGGCAAGCGGCGGGGCAGGCGGCGGGGCAGGCGGCGGGGCAAGCGGCGGGGCAGGCGGCGGGGCAGGCGGCGGGGCAGGCGGCGGGGCAAGCGGCGGGGCAGGCGGCGGGGCAGGCGGCGGGGCAGGCGGCGGGGCAAGCGGCGGGGCAGGCAGAGGCGGGGCCCCGGGGCGCGGUGCACGUGCUGUGGCACUACCACUUCUCCGCCUUCCGCCGAAAGCGCUGGGCUGCGUUCAUCCAGCGCGACCGCGCGCUCCACCGCGUCGCCAAGCAGCUCACAGGCGGCAGGCCCAAGGAGGAGGUGGUGGUGGGGUGGGGUUCGUGGGCCUUCCAGGGAGGGAAGGGCGGCUCCCCCAUCUCCGUCAGGGGCGGGCGCGCGCCGACGGGGCGGCUCAUCAAGCUGCUCCGUGAGCGCUACGCCAAGCAUGUGUUCAUCAUCGAUGAAUACAAGACCUCCAAGACCUGCUACAACUGCGGGUGUCAGGAGAUGGCCAUCAAGCGGCUUGGGGGGCUGAAGGAGGGGCAGCGGCCCUGGUCGGUCAAAGUCUGCAACGACUGCUUGACGACCUGGAACCGCGACGUCUCCGCCGCCAACGUGAUCCGUGUGCUCCUCCUGCUGAAGCUGAUGGGCUUCGAGCGGCCGACCAAGCUGCAGCGGCCGCCAUGGCCGCCGGCGGCGGCGGGGCCGGGCUGAGAGCCUGAACGGCGCUAGCAGGGCGUGAGGCUGAGGGUGCACGUGUUGAUUGGCGGCGAGUGACGUGACUAGUUUGUUAGCUGCGGGUUAGCACGGACUGUGCACCCCACCCAACCGGCCACGUCCGGAUUUGCGGGGAUGCCAAAGGCCCCCAACAUAGAGGCGUGUGCUUAGUAGGCGCCCGCUUCAAGGUGGCUGGGUUGAUAACGACCCGGCAGCCACCUCCUUGUUCAGGAUCAUACUGCAACUAGCAGCGCAAAAUAAACAUGUAACGGGUCCGUUUCCCAGGCAAUUCGGGCAUGCCGUAUGGUUUCUGCAGCGAUUCCGGUUGUGUAAGGACCCGGCGAC